AUGAUGCCCAAAGAACUUCUGCAGAGCAGCCUCAGGCGUAUUGUAGUCAACUUAGUUCAUACCAAGAACCUCAGCAUGCCUCUUCUGCAAGGCAUGGCCCACCUGCUUGAGCUUUUGCCCAAUUGGUUUAGUAUUAACUUGGGUGGCAAAUUGUUAGAGCACCUUAAGAAAUGGUUGGAGCCAGAAAAGCUUGCACAGAGUCAAAAGUCAUGGAAGGCAGGUGAAGAACCGAAUAUUGCAGCGGCUAUUAUUGAGCUUUUUCACCUCCUUCCCGCGGCUGCAUGGACGUUUCUUGAUGAACUUGUAACCUUGACAAUUGAAUUGGAAAGAGCAUUACCACCAGGACAAGUGUACAGUGAGAUUAACAGUCCAUAUCGUCUUCCACUAACUAAAUUUUUAAAUCGAUAUGCAACAGAAGCUGUUGAAUAUUUUCUCAAUCGAUUAAGUGAACCAAAAUACUUCAGGCGGUUUAUGUAUAUAAUCCGAUCAGAUGCUGGCCAGCCGUUGAGAGAUGAACUUGCAAAGUCACCACAGGAGAUACUGCGAAAUGCCUUCCCAGAAUUUGCACCUAAAUCUGAUGUAGCUAUGACUCCAGGAACUUCAGGUACACCUGCUGCAAUAUUAGGCAACGAAGGCCUUGUCACUCCGCUACCUGAUACUUCUAAUCCAGCAUCUGCCCCCUCUAGUGCAACUUCAGAUGCUUAUUUUCAGGGACUUGCACUUAUCAAAACAUUGGUCAAAUUGAUACCUAGCUGGUUACAGGAUAACCGUCCUGUCUUUGAUACCUUGGUACUUGUUUGGGAGUCACCUGCAAGAAUAUCUCGUUUGCAUAAUGAGCAGGAGCUGAAUUUAGUGCAAGUGAAAGAAAGCAAAUGGCUUGUCAAAUGCUUCCUGAAUUAUUUAAGACAUGACAAAACAGAAGUCAAUGUUCUUUUUGAUAUACUCUCCAUCUUCCUGUUUCAUACCCGCAUUGAUUAUACCUUUCUGAAGGAGUUUUAUAUCAUUGAGGUUGCAGAAGGUUAUCCGCCCAACAUGAAAAAGGUGCUUCUCUUGCACUUUUUGAACCUUUUCCAAUCAAAACAACUUGGUCAUCAUCACUUGGUGGUUGUAAUGCAAAUGCUUAUUCUCCCAAUGCUCACUCAUGCCUUCCAAAAUGGCCAAAGUUGGGAGGUCGUUGACCCUACUAUUAUAAAAACAAUUGUUGACAAACUUCUUGAUCCUCCAAAAGAGGUUUCUGCCGAGUAUGAUGAGCCUUUGAGAAUAGAACUUUUGCAGCUCGCCACGCUGCUUCUUAAGUAUCUCCAGAAUGACCUUGUCCAUCAUAGGAAAGAGCUGAUCAAGUUUGGCUGGAAUCAUCUCAAACGUGAAGAUAGUGCCAGUAAGCUGUGGGCAUUUGUGAAUGUUUGCCACUUCUUGGAGGCCUAUCAGGCCCCGGAAAAUCUUAUUCUCCAGGUUUUUGUAGCACUUCUUAGAAGUUGCCAACUGGACAACAAAACGCUAAUCGAGCAGGCCCUUGAUAUACUAAUGCCAGCACUACCUCGAAGGUUGCCUCUGGGGGAUUCUCGUAUGCCAAUUUGGAUAUGGCACACAAAAAAAAUUCUGGUUGAGGAGAGUCACUCAAUCCCCAAUUUGAUUCACAUUUUCCAGCUCAUUGUUCGCCAUUCAGAUCUCUUCUACAGCUGCAGAGCACAAUUUGUACCGCUGAUGGUGAAUUCAGUCAAUCGCCUUGGAUUGCCAUAUAACACCACAGCAGAAAACAGGCGUCUUGCCAUUGAGCUUGCUGGAUUGGUGGUUGCUUGGGAAAGGCAAAGGCAAAAUGAAAUGAAAGUAGUAACUAAUAGCGAUGUACCUGGCCAGAGCAGUGAUGCAUUUAAUCCUGGUUCUGCUGGUGCUGAUCCUAAGCGUUCAGUGGAUGGGUCUAAUUUUCCUGAAGAUUCAAACAAGCGAGUAGAAGUUGAGCCUGGUCUUCAAUCCCUCUGUCUAAUGUCACCCGGUAGUGCAUCAUCAAUCACUAACAUUGAAACUCCUGGAUCUGCUAGCCAACCUGAUACAGAAUUCAAGCUAAAUGCUGCUAUGGAAGAAAUGGUUAUCAAUUUUCUUAUCAAGGUUGCGUUGGUGAUUGAGCCUAAGGACGAGGAAGCAAGUAUAAUGUACAAACAAGCUUUACAGCUACUUUCACAAGCCUUAGAAGUGUGGCCUACGACCCAUGUUAAAUUCAAUUAUUUAGAAAAGCUGCUGAGCAGUAUUCAACCAUCUCAGUCAAAGGACCCUUCCACUGCUCUUGCUCAGGGCUUAGAGGUAAUGAACAAGAUUUUGGAGAAGCAGCCACAUUUGUUCAUUAGAAACAACAUCAAUCAGAUUUCUCAAAUUCUUGAACCCUGUUUCAAUCACAAAAUGUUAGAUGCCGGAAAGUCAUUGUGCUCCCUGUUGAAGAUUGUCUUUGUUGCUUUUCCCCUAGAAGCUGCCACUACACCACAAAAUGUUAAACUAUUUUACCAGAAGGUUGAUGAGCUGAUACAGAGGCACAUUAAUGCUAUCACAGCUCCUCAAGCAUCAAAUGAAGAUAGCACUGCUAGUUCAAUUAGCUUUGUGCUGCUUGUCAUUAAAACCUUUGCAGAGAUACAGAAGAACAUCGUUGACCCUAACAGCUUGGUUCGUAUUCUUCAGCGCCUGGCACGAGAUAUGGGAUCAUCAGCAGGCUCUCAUCUGAGACAAGGCCAGAGAACCGAUCCUGAUUCUGCUCUCACUUCUUCUCGACAAGGUGCUGAUGUUGGAGUAGUCAUCUCUAAUCUAAAUUCUUUUUUGAAACUUGUCAGUGAGAGGGUCAUGCUUGUUCCAGAGUGCAAACGAUCCAUAACUCAGAUCUUGAAUGCCUUGCUCUCAGAGAAAGGUACUGAUUCUUGUGUGCUUCUCUGCAUUGUUGAUGUGAUAAAAGGGUGGAUUGAAGAUGACUUCAGCAAGCCAGGCACAUCGGUCAAGUCAAAUUCUUUUCUAUCUCCGAAGGAAAUAGUUUCUUUUCUUCAGCAGCUUUCACAAGUUGAUAAGCAAAACUUCUCCCCUAGUGCUCUGGAAGAGUGGGAUAGGAAAUAUCUACAGCUUCUUUAUGAAAUUUGUGCUGAUUCAAAUAAAUAUCCUCUGCCCCACCGUCAAGAGGUGUUUCAGAAAGUGGAAAGGCAAUUCAUGCUUGGUUUACGGGCAAGAAAUCCCGAAAUUAGGAUGAAAUUCUUCUCACUUUAUCAUGAAUCUCUUGGGAAAACAUUGUUCACAAGGCUGCAGUACAUUAUCCAACUUCAGGACUGGGAAGCUUUGAGUGACGUCUUCUGGCUCAAACAAGGUCUUGACCUUCUUCUAGCGAUCUUAGUUGAGGAUAAACCUAUUGCACUAGCUCCAAACUCAGCGACGGUGCCACCACUUGUGGCUUCAGGUCCUCUUCCAGAUUGUUCUGUGAUGCAGGAUCAGGUUCCUGAUGUUCCAGAAGUCCCUGAGGAUGCUCCUCUCACAUUUGAUGCCCUUGUUUAUAAGCAUGCGCAGUUUCUAAACGAGAUGAGCAAACUUAAGGCGUCAGAUCUUGUUGUUCCAUUGAGAGAGCUGGCUCAUACAGACGCUAAUGUUGCAUACCAUUUGUGGUUGUUAGUGUUUCCCGUUGUUUGGGUGUCCUUAAACAAGGAAGAGCAGUUAGCACUAGCUAAACCAAUGAUUACUCUCCUAUCAAAAGAUUAUCAUAAAAAGCAACAAGCCAGCAGGCCAAAUGUUGUGCAAGCACUCCUAGAAGGGCUUCAGUUGAGCCGCCCUCAACCUCGGAUGGCUAGCGAACUGAUUAAAUAUAUUGGAAAGACUUACAAUGCAUGGCACAUCGCAUUGGCUUUACUGGAAAGUCACGUCAUGUUGUUCAUGAAUGAUACGAAGUGCUCCAAGUCUCUGGCUGAGCUUUAUCGCUUGCUUAACGAGGAAGAUAUGAGGUGUGGGUUGUGGAAGAAAAGAUCAAUCACUGCAGAAACCAGGGCUGGGCUUUCUCUAGUUCAACAUGGUUACUGGCAGCAGGCUCAAAGUCUGUUUUACCAAGCCAUGGUUAAGGCAACUCAAGGUACAUAUAAUAACACGGUACCAGAGGCUGAGAAGUAUCUUUGGGAAGAGCAAUGGCAGUAUUGUGCUAGUCAACUUAGUCAGUGGGAUGAUUUGGUAGACUUUGGCAAGAGUGUUGAGAAUUAUGAAAUACUACUUGACAGUCUUUGGAAGUUGCCCGAUUGGGCAUAUAUGAAGGAUCAUGUAAUUCCAAAGGCUCAAGUAGAAGAAACUCCAAAACUUUGUUUGAUUCAAGCAUUUUUUGCUCUUCAUGAUAGAAACACAAAUGGUGUGGGGGAUCCUGAAAACAUAGUGGGGAAAGGUGUUGAUCUUGCUUUAGAAAAAUGGUGGCAGUUGCCAGAAAUGUCUGUUCAUGCCGGGAUUCCUCUUUUGCAGCAAUUCCAGCAGCUAGUUGAAGUUCAAGAAUCAGCUAGAGUCCGUGUGGACAUUGCAAAUGGUAACAAACAUUCUGGUAGUUCUGUUGUUGGUGUGCAUGGAAAUCUUUAUGCUGAUCUCAAGGACAUCCUUGAGACUUGGAGACUGAGAACUCCAAAUGAAUGGGAUAAUAUGUCUGUUUGGUGUGAUUUGCUCCAAUGGAGAAAUGAAAUGUAUAAUGCAGUCAUUGAUGCAUUCAAGGAUUUUAGCAACACGAAUACACAACUUCAUCACCUUGGUUAUCAUGACAAAGCAUGGAAUGUCAAUAGGCUUGCUCACAUUGCUCGUAAGCAAGGCCUUUUUGAUGUUUGUGUGACAAUACUUGAAAAGAUGUAUGGCCAUUCAACCAUGGAAGUGCAGGAGGCCUUUGUUAAGAUAAGCGAACAAGCGAAGGCUCUUCUGGAAAUGAAGGGGGAGCUUAUCAAUGGUCUUAAUCUGAUUAAUAGCACUAAUUUAGAAUAUUUUCCCAUGAAAAGCAAAGCAGAAAUUUUUCGCCUGAAGGGGGAUUUUUUGUUAAAGCUAAACGACACUGAAGGUGCUAAUCUUGCAUAUUCUGAUGCAAUCAGCCUUUUCAAAAAUUUGCCUAAAGGAUGGAUAAGCUGGGGAAAUUAUUGUGACAUGGUUUAUAAAGAAACCAAUAAUGAGAUUUGGUUAGAAUAUGCUGUCACCUGCUUUCUUCAAGGUAUCAAGUUCGGCGUAUCUAACUCAAGAAGCCAUCUUGCUCGUGUUCUGUAUCUUCUCAGCUUUGAUACUCCCAAUGAGCCUGUGGGCAGGGCAUUUGAUAAGUUCUUGGACCAAAUACCCCACUGGGUUUGGCUUUCUUGGAUUCCACAACUCUUGCUUUCCCUGCAGAGGACAGAGGCUCCUCAUUGCAAACUUGUUCUGCUUAAAAUUGCCACUAUAUAUCCACAGGCUCUGUAUUACUGGCUGCGCACAUAUUUGCUUGAACGACAGGAUGUUGCAAAUAAGUCUGAACUAAGUAGACUGGCAAUGGCCCAGCAAAGAAUGCAGCCAGGUGUCUCUGGCACUGGUCCUGGUUCUCUUGGCUUGGCUGAUGGCAAUGCGAGAGUACAGUGUGAUGGUGUAUCCUCAGCCAAUCAACCUCACCAAGGCGCUCAAUCCAGUGGUGGAAUUGGAUCUCAUGAUGGUGGAAGCUCUCAUGGGCAAGAACCCGAACAGUCUGGUGUGGAGAGUAGUGACCAAGCUUUGCACCAAAGUACUUCAACCAUCAAUGCGGCUAGUGCUUUUGAUGCUGCAAAGGAUAUAAUGGAGGCUCUCAUAAGCAAGCACACUAAUUUGGCCAGUGAACUUGAGGUUCUGCUCACUGAAAUUGGUUCAAGGUUUGUAACUCUGCCAGAGGAGAGACUUCUGGCAGUGUUUAACGCACUGCUCCGCCGCUGUUACAGGUACCCAACUGCUACUACCGCAAAGGUUCCCCAAUCUCUCAAGAAGGAGCUCUCCAGUGUUUGUAGGGCUUUCUUCUCGGCAGAUGCGGCGAAUAAGCACGUUCAUUUUGUGAGAGAGUACAAGCUGGAUUUUGAACGUGAUCUUGAUCCAGAAAGCACAUCUACUUUCCCAGCCACCUUUUCUGAUCUGACUGAACGAUUGGAACAUUGGAAACAUGUUAUCCUAAAUAAUGUUGAGGACAGGUUUCCAGCUGUCUUGAAGCUAGAAGAGGAAAGCAGGGUGCUGCGUGACUUCCAUGUGGUUGAUGUUGAGGUUCCAGGACAGUAUUUUAGUGAUCAGGAAAUUGCACCCGAUCAUACAGUGAAGUUAGACAGGAUUGGAGCUGAUAUUCCGAUUGUGCGAAGGCACGGAAGUAGUUUCCGGCGUCUGACUUUAAUGGGCUCUGAUGGCUCUCAACGUCAUUUUAUUGUCGAGACAUCUUUAAGCCCUAAUGCUAGAAGUGAUGAGCGCAUAUUGCAGCUUUUCCGGGUGAUGAACCAAAUGUUUGAUAAGCACAAGGAAUCAAGACGCCGUCAUAUAUGCUUUCACACUCCAAUUAUUAUUCCUAUUUGGUCUCAGGUCCGCAUGGUAGAAGAUGAUUUGAUGUACAGUACCUUUCUUGAGGUGUACGAGAACCACUGUGCAAGGAAUGACCGAGAGGCAUAUCAGCCCAUCACUUAUUUCAAGGAGCAACUGAACCAAGCUAUGUCCGGCGAAAUCUCACCGGAAGCUGUUCUAGAUCUCCGUCUCCAAGCUUACACUGAAAUAACAACAACUCUUGUAACUGACAGCAUUUUCUCCCAAUACAUGUACAAGACUCUGCCGAGUGGAAACCAUAUGUGGGCUUUCAAAAAACAAUUUGCCAUCCAAUUGGCCCUCUCAAGUUUCACGUCAUUCAUGCUGCAAAUUGGAGGAAGGUCACCGAACAAGAUAUUGUUUGCUAAGAACACUGGGAAAAUAUUCCAAACAGAAUUUCAUCCUGCAUACGAUGCAAAUGGAAUGAUCGAGUUCAAUGAACCCGUGCCUUUUCGUCUGACAAGGAAUAUGCAAGCAUUCUUCUCCCAUUUUGGAGUAGAAGGCCUUAUUGUGUCUGCUAUGUGUGCUGCGGCACAGGCUGUGGUUUCACCUAAACAAAAUCAGCACCUAUGGCAUCAAUUAGCCAUGUUUUUCCGGGAUGAGCUACUUUCUUGGUCUCGGAUAAGACCACUUGGCAUGGCCCUGGCCCCGGCCCCCAUUUCUGGAGUGGGUAGUAUGAACCCCAUUGAAUUUAAACAGAAGGUCACAACCAAUGUCGAGCAUGCAAUUGGCCGGAUUACUGGAAUAGCCCCACAGUAUUUCUCAGAAGAGGAGGAGAAUGCCAUGGACCAGCCACAGUCGGUGCAGAGGGGUGUUACUGAGUUGGUUGAAGCUGCCUUGACCCCAAGGAACUUGUGCAUGAUGGAUCCAACUUGGCAUCCAUGGUUUUGACCUCAGUACUGGAGCACCCAUGGGCCGAUGACCGGAUGGUAGUCUCUGUUAGAAGGUCGGUCGCAAUCAAUUCUCCAUCGUAAAUAUGAUGUAAAUACUGUUAUUUUGGGACUCAAUUUGAAAAAUGAGUGUUUUGGGUGUCAUGUGUAUAAAUCAUUGUUAAUUGAAGUAAAUUCACGUGCAAAUGUAAAAUUCUGAA